AUGAGAUCCAUGGCGACAAAAAAGAAGACGCCACAGUUCCUGGAACUCAUCCCCAGGUAUCUUUCUUUUCAUUUUUGUGAAAAUAUCUCGAAGACUCAUCCAAGAACCGUUAACUUUGAUAUUUCCGAAACAUUUAUCGAAAACCAUGGAUUUACUUUCUAGGUUCUGCCGCACCCCGGACUUGGAAUCGCAAGACACAGUCAAGACGCUGAAUAAGGUCCGCGACAUGUGCAACAUGGCGAGGAAAAAGAGACGACGCCCAACGAGGACCAUCAAUGAGAACCAUGGCGACAAAAAAGAAGACGCCACAGUUCCUGGAACUCAUCCCCAGGUAUCUUUCUUUUCAUUUUUGUGAAAAUAUCUCGAAGACUCAUCCAAGAACCGUUAACUUUGAUAUUUCCGAAACAUUUAUCGAAACCAUGAUUUACUUUCUAGGUUCUGCUGCACCGGACUUGGAAUCGCAAGACACAGUCAAGACGCUGAAUAAGGUCCGCGACAUGUGCAACAUGGCGAGGGAAAAAGAGACGACGCCCAACGAGGACCACUGAAUGAGGAACCAUGGCGACAGAAAAAGAAGACGCUACAGUUCCUGGAACUCAUCCCCAGGUAUCUUUUCUUUUCGUUUUGUGAAAAAUCAUCUCGAAGACUCAUCCAAAGAACCGUUAACUUUGAUAUUUCCGAAAACAUUUAUCGAAAAACCAUGGAUUUACUUUUCUAGGUUCUGCGCGACCCCGACUUGGAAUCGCAAGACACAGUCAAGACGCUGAAUGAGGUCCGCGACAUGUGCAACAUGGCGAGGAAAAAGACGACGCCCAACGAGGACCAUGAAUGA